AUGCUCGCACGGACAGCCAACCCACUCGCACGCUCACUCGCACGCCCUCCCAUCCGCUCCAUCCCACCCGCUCUACCACUCGCUCAACGACACCGCUACUCGACUCAGCCUGAAGCGAACCAGGGCCCAUCUGCACCCAACCCAUCCUCGGACCAGUAUCAGAACAGGCAGCGCGGAGGGCCCUUCACGCUCAAAGCCGGCGCACUCUUCGUCGCGACAGGCGUAGGACUCUACUUCUACUUCCAGAGCGAGAAGCAGAAGGUCCAGGAGCGCAAGAGGCAGGAGAACGCGGCGGCACGGGUCGGGAGGCCAAAGAUCGGGGGCCCGUUCAAGCUCACGAACCAGGAUGGAAAGGAGUGGACCGACCAGGACAUGCUCGGGAAGUGGAGCUUGGUUUACUUCGGAUUCACAAACUGCCCCGACAUCUGCCCCGAAGAGCUCGACAAGAUGACCGCAGUAGUCGACUCGAUCUCCAAAUCCCACAACAUUGACAUCCUCCCCGUCUUUAUCACCUGCGACCCGGCACGAGACGACGUCAAGGCCGUCAAGACCUACGUCAAGGACUUCCACCCUUCUCUUGUCGGCCUGACGGGCUCGUACGAAGACAUCAAGAAGACGUGCAAGGCCUACCGCGUCUACUUCUCCACCCCACCGAACGCCUCCCCCUCGGACGACUACCUCGUCGACCACUCCAUCUUCUUCUACCUCAUGGACCCCUCGAACAAGUUUGUCGAUGCGUUUGGGAGGAGUAUGGGCGCCAAGGAGGUGGCGGGCAAGGUGGAGGGGUAUUUGAGGGAGUUUGAGGAGGGAGGCGGACGGGGGAGUUGGUCCGACAGUCAGUAG